CGUAUUUCCGGGACGGCCUGUCUAGUGUUCAACCGAGUCGUCGCUGAAGCAGAGAUGCCUCGCGUCGGCCCAAGCGCGUGGGUCCAAAACCUCCGACCCCCGGCUACAAACUCUGCGUCGGGUGGCAACAACAAUAUGCCUCUUCCACCAUCGACCUUGGGGUCGCCGUCCAGGGGCGUCUCGGGCAAGCCGUCGGACAAGGGACGCAAAAAGAUCGCGGCGUUUGGACGCAUUUUCUCCAACUUCCUCGCGGGUGGGCUCAUCUUGCUCUCGCUGUUGACGCUCAUUGUGCUCAUCAACGAAGGCAUGUUUUCCCGGCUCGUCAUCUCCAACAACGCGCAGUCCACCGCGUACUUUUGGUCCGACUAUGGCAAAGCGUGUAAGCUCACACGUCACGGCUGGCUCGCGCAAAGCUGCUCGCCAAAUGAAAUUGAUACGACGUCGUCGGUGGUCUGGGCGUCCGUGGGCGAGCGCCUUGCGGACCAGUGGUCGUUGGAACUCGCCCAAGGUACACCGCUGUUUGUGUCGACGUGUGUCGUCGGUGGCAACAAGGCUGUCGGGUGGGGCGUCCUCGUCUUCAUAGCUGGCUACACCACGUAUCCCAACUGCGUGCCCCUCGAUGGUCCGCAGUUGAUUGCUGGUAUUGCCAUGUUGGAGACGACUGUUCGCAACGACCAAGGCGUCUAUCUCCUCACCCUCUACUCGGACCUCAACACGACGAUGCAGACAGUGCGCAAGUACACCAACUCGGAUGGCACGCAACAAGACGUGCUGCAUAAACCGCUGCGCACGGUACUCUCAACCGACGGCAGCUAUGGCUACGAUCCAACGGGCGAAGACUUUAUCAUUCUAUCGACGCCCCUCGGUGUACGGUACACUGUCAACGUCUAUUGCCUGUCUCAGAUCGAGGUCGUCUCCGACUUUGGGCUGCCCGGGUGGAGCCAAGGCAAGCACGGAGGCGUCCCGCUCAGUCCUGCGUGGGCCUGUGGCAAUGAGAUCAACAACGCGUCCGAGCUCAUUGCGUUCCAGAUGAUCCUCAUUGUUCUGACUGUGCUGGCACUCAGCGGCGAUGUUUACAUCACGUUUGAGGGCAUCCGAGGGCUCAUUGCGGGCAAACCCGUGCUCACCUACGCCGUGCUCUCAGGUCUCGAGCGUCGCAAGGUGCUCACAUUGCUCAUUGCUUUGAACGCGGCACCGUCCCUCUUGUACCUGGACGUCGCACGCAUCUACGUGUUUUCCGUCAACGGCUUCAAGAUCUGGUGUCUCUCGUGCCUCUUGGUUGCAACUUUUGUGUCAUUUACCCUUCUCGCGGGCCUCAGUCUACUCAGCGCAGUACCGCUGCCAUUGCCAACCAAGUGUGUUGUCUACUCGGCCCCAAUCUUUCUCUACACGUCGAUCGUCUCGAUCUAUUUCAGCCUCAGCACGAGAGCCAACUUGACCUAUGCGAGCAAUCAGCUUUACGCAGGCGCACCCGCCUUGUCCAUGAAUUUCAACGGCGUGUCAUGGCCCAGCGGCUCGUAUGUCCCGUACGGCGUCGCGACGGUCGUUCAGCUCUUUCCGCAAGAGAUUCUCUAUCCGGUCUUUGGCUCCCUUCUCUUCUCCAUAUGUGUUGCCACCUUGCGACUCUACUGGUCAACCCAUGCGCUCGUCUUGAACCUCGAGUGGUGUGCGUCGAAUGGGUUCCUAUCGCACUGCAACGUGCCUCGCGUGCUCACGUCAUUGCCGCUGCACCCGUCGCAAGCCAUCAAGAUUGGCAACAAGAUGUUUUGUCGUCCAAGCACGAUGGCGCUGCUGGGCUAUGCGUCCGUGACCGAAACCGAGAAGGGUAUGCGCGGCGUUGUCCCGUACAAUUCAAAGCAAACGAGUGGGGGGACAUUUGUUGUGAGCGUCUACUGGCUCGGGCUUGCGAUUGCACCGCAGUGGUGUUCGAUGCUCCGGCCGUUUGUCGCAGGUACGGUCGCCGAGAACCAUUUCAAGCCCAAUACGGCCAAGCACGACGAGACGCUGGACCCUGCGGUGCGGUAUCGCUAUACCCGCGGCAACUGCGUCACGUGAUACCGCGUCGUAUUGGCCAGACGUAGCGCCUGUAAAUGACUCCCAUUAGAGUGAAAUAAGAGAGUAAAGGUGAAAUGAAUAGCG